GCAGGCAACUCUUCAGCUACAGCAAAGACGGAGGAAGGGAACGGCACUCUGAAAAGGAAGUUUCACUUUCGUUUCUUGCUCUCAGUCACGAUGGCGAGUGUCGAUGUGAGAGACGAGCUCUACUGCUCCAUCUGUCUCGGCAUAUUCACGGAUCCUGUAAUUCUGCAAUGUGGACACAACUUCUGUAAGGUCUGUAUUACCUGCGUGCUGGAGACACAGGAGGGGUCCGGAGUCUAUUCCUGUCCGGAGUGCAGAGAAGAGUCUCAGGAAAAGCCGGCCCUGCUGAGGAACAUAACCCUUCGUAACAUCGCUGAGCGUUUUCUAUUGGCUCAGCCAACUCCGGAGGAGACCGGGGUCCUCUGUACUUAUUGUGACUCUUCUGUUCCUGCUGUUAGGACCUGUCUGCUGUGUGAGGCUUCUCUUUGCGGCAAACACCUAAAAAAACACAGAACUUCACCAGAACACGUCUUGGUGGAUCCCACCAUGUCCCUGGAGAACAGGAAAUGUCCCACUCACAAGGAGGUCCUCAAGUAUUUCUGCACUGAGGACUCCACCUGUAUCUGUGUGACCUGCAGGCUCGAUGGAGACCACCAAGGACAUCAAGUGGAGUCUCUGGACCAGGCCUCUGAGAGGGAGAAGCAGAACCUGAGAAAUCGUCUUCAGAAUAUGACUUCUAGCAGAGCAGAAAGUGAGAAAACGCUCCAGAGAUUGCAAACGCACAUGAAAUGUAUUCAGGAUAAAGCAGCAGGUAAAACAGAAAGAGUCACCGCCAUCUUUACUGACCUCAGGACCCAACUGGAUGCCCUGGAGAAAAGAGUCCUCACCAAAAUCUCCACACAAGAAAAGCAGAUGACCUGUUCCAUCUCAGAUCUGAUCCGGCAAAUGGAAAUAAAGAUGGACGGGUUGCUUAGGAAGAUGCGUCGCAUUGAGGAGCUGUGCGACUUGACCGAUUCUCUGACUGUCUUACAGGAAUCCAAGAGAAAUGGUUUUUUUGAUGUUGGAAAGAAAGACCAUGGAAGUGGAGAAGAGCAUUUCAAUAUAUCCUGCGCUACAAAUCUGGAUGAGAUUGUGCUGGUAGAGACCAUACAUGCUAAAUUCUCUGAUAUUAUAACCUCCGCGGAGAAAGAGAUUUACACACCGUGCCGUUCCUACAAACUUGAUGGAAACACGGCAGCUAAAAGUCUUCGUCUUUCCUGGAAUGGAAAAGAGGCAUUCUGGAUACAACCAGCACCAGGCUCAUCACAUGAGGACUCACCAGGAAGAUUCCGGGACUGUUCCCAAGUUUUAGGCACCCCGUCUUUUUCUUCAGGACAAAACUUCUGGGAGAUGCAGAUGAGUGAGUGUGGGGAGUGGAGGUUGGGGGUGUCCUAUGGCUCUAUUGAUAGGAGAGGAGAGUCUUCAUAUUUGGGGUGUAAUGACAAGUCCUGGUGUUUCUCGAAGUCCUCCUACAAUCGGUAUUCAGUUAUACAUGACAAGAAAGAAAUUAUAAUAUCUCACAAUAUUUCCCGCAGUAGAUUCCGGGUCUAUCUGGACUAUGAGGCGGGACAAGUAUCCUUUUAUGAAAUGUGUAACCCCAUCAAACAUCUCCACACCUUCACUGCCACCUUCACCGAGCCCCUUUAUGCAUCUUUCUAUGUGUUUGGAUCCAAGGCCUCUGUAAAGAUCACAACAUAAAUUAGGGGGCGCUCAUGCUUUGAGAGGAGGGACCUUGUCCCAUGGGAGCCAAUGGGGAAUUGUUUUUAGAAUUGUUCACUUUACAGUAUCCACACGUUUUGUAUUAUAAAGGCUACAAGGCCUUUAAAAAUAAUCUCUUUUUCGCCUUGGUACCUUUUCAAUUUACUAAACUGGCAGCCAGUGGCAGGUGGUGGGUACUUCUUUGGGGGGGGGAGGGGGGCAAGCAAACACCCCCUUGGUGGUGUGGCACAGAAUUCCCCCCCACGAGCGGUCUGGCCUGGCACUGACCCACUUUUGUGGCGGGGCUGUGGUGUCCUCUCCUGGAGUACAGGCAGUGGCCACGGUGGCUCCGGUGUGUCCACUCUUUCUGCUUCUUCCGACAAAGCGCUAGGCAUCGAAUAGGAUUGCCUGACGGGCUCAGAGCCGUCUUAAUGGCAUCAUGGGCCCCUAGGCAAAGUAAUGCACAGGGGCCCCAGCUUUCCCCAAUUUACACAUCUACUUUCAAGAAAUGAAGUAUAAAUAGUUGAUAGAAUUAAACAUAUAUUCAGUACUUUCAAUAAAAGCGAU